UUUCUACUCUAGAAUAUCAGCACAUAGACCUCUCUACCUCUCCGCUUCAUUUGGCUUGGUCAAGUUUUUGUGGCGCCAAAAUAAUACUCUUUGCUGCUUCGAUUUUCAUUCAUUAAUGCUUCUGAAUCUCAAUGUUUCUUGAUCUGGUUGUGUACUUUUUCCCGUUUAGACCUUAGAUUUCUCCAUCAUAAGCUUCAUUAUUUUUUUCCCUCUUUUUCUGAGUCGUAAGAGUUCUUUAAAAGAUUCAGUGAUGGGUUUUAUGCUAAACAUGCACCCAAGGUUUAUUUCAUCAAAUUAAGGUCAGUAAUAAGUCUCGUUUCUUUUUCUGUCCCUCUGUCGGCAACCAUGAUGAUCCUGGAAGUGGCGAGGUGAAUUAUCUACGAGAGUAGGGACAUGGAACUGAACUCUGUUCUGUGCCCCAACUCAUUGUUACCACUGUCCAUCCCCAGAAGUACCCUUGUUCCUAGUUGUCUGAAAUGCCAAGCUGCACUCAACUUCUUCGGCUCCACGAACCACUCAAGGCAGAGCAAAGGUGUUAAAGGACCCAGUUUUGAAGUAAAAUUCGAUAGUGAAAGCUCCAUUCUUGAGUGCCCAGAUCGUCUUAGAACUGGAGAAGAACUUUCCGGCGAGUCUUACAACCAUUUAAUUCGUGAAUAUUGUAAAGAAGGGAAUGUAGACAGGGCGAUGACUCUUUUGGCUCAGCUGGACGCCAUGGGCUUUCAUCCUAGCUUCGUAUCUUAUGCUUAUUUGAUUGAAGCUCUUGGUAGUGUUGGUAGGACUUUAGAAGCUGAUUGUUUGUUUCAAGAAAUGACUUGGGUUGGGUUUGAGCCAAAAGUAAAGCUUUACAACGUUUUGCUCAGAGGGUUUUUGAAGAAAGGCCUCUUAGGGACUGCGGUUAGAGUUUUGAGUGCAAUGGACGAAAAGGGUAUUCAGAGGAAUCGAGAAACUUAUGAGAUUCUCUUGGAUUACUAUGUCAAAGCCGGGAGGUUGGAUGAUACUUGGUCUGUAAUCAAUGAGAUGAAGGUAAAAGGGCUUCGGCUAAGCUCGUUUCUGUAUGGGAAGGUUAUUGGCUUGUAUAGGGACAAUGGGAUGUGGAAGAAAGCUAUGGACAUAGUGGAAGAGAUUAGGGAGAUGGGGAUGUCAUUAGACAGACAAAUUUACAAUAGUGUAAUUGACACGUUUGGUAAAUAUGGCGAGCUAGGUGAAGCCCUCCAAGUGUUUGAGAAAAUGAAAGAAGAAAAUGUGAAGCCUAAUAUAACAACUUGGAAUUCUCUGAUAAUGUGGCAUUGCAAGGCUGGGGAUAUUGGUAUAGUGCUUAAGCUGUUCAAUGAGAUGCAGGAACAGGGAUUAUAUCCCGAUCCAAAGAUCUUCGUUUCGAUUAUUAGCUAUUUAGGAGAGCAAGGGAAGUGGGAUGUAAUGAGAAAGAUGUUUGAGAGUAUGAAUUUUAGAGGGUACAAGAAAAGUGGGGUGAUAUAUGCUGUUUUGGUUGAUAUAUAUGGGCAAUAUGGGAAAUUUCAGAACGCUGAAGAGUGUAUUUCUGCUCUAAAGUCAGAAGGUCUUCCGACUUCACCCAGCAUAUUUUGUGUGUUGGCUAAUGCCUAUGCUCAGCAGGGAUUAUACGAUCAAACACUUAAGGUGCUUCAGCUCAUGGAAACAGAGGGCAUCGAACCUAAUGUUGUAAUGCUAAAUGUGUUGAUCAAUGCAUUUGGGAUUGCUGGCAAACACUUGGAGGCUCUAUCAAUAUACCAACAUAUAAAAGAAAGUGGUUUGAGCCCCGAUGUAGUUACUUAUACUACCCUCAUGAAAGCUUUCAGUCGGGCAAAGAAGUAUGAUAAGGUACCAGAGAUAUUCAUGGAAAUGGAGUCUGCUGGAUGUACUCCUGAUAGGAAGGCUAGACAGAUGUUAAAAGUUGCUAUGAAUGUUCUUGAGCAUAGCCAAAUACAUGUCUAACUUAUAGACAGUUCUAGAGAAAUUUAUUUCAGCCCCAUGAUUAAUGUAGAAGCUCUCAGUAUAUUGAUUCAUUUGGGGCUCUGAAAUGGCCAUCGGCAGAGCAAAAUUUGUGUUGGGACGAGUACUGUGACGUUCUUGGCAUAAUAACCAAGUACCUUUUCACCAUCCAGCUAAGCCAAUGCAUGGGUUAAUCGACUGAGGAAGUGAAAUAUUAACGACUUGAACUUGAAUUCUUCCUCCUAAUUAUGUCUCUUAAGUACAAUACUAUUAUGUCAACUAGAGGGAGAGAAGAGAAUGGCUUGUCUUUGGCAAAGUACCGUGCUGGCAACUUUCUGGGUUAUUUGGUUGGAAAGAAAUAGCAAGAUCAUCAGUUUUUGAUGCAGCAAGUAGGGGAAAACAAUUCUUAAUUGUUGGUGCCAAAAAUAAAGCAGCUGAUUCAGUAGCAGGGGCAGCAAGAAAGGCUCGGUGUCAUUAUGUUAAUAAAAAAUGGCUUGGUGGUAUGUUAACGAAUUGGUAUACUACAGAAACGAGACUUCAUAAGUUCAGAGACUUGAGAGUCCUCUUGUUCUGUUGAUUACCUUUGGGAUAAAAUUAGAUUCUGGGUGGCUACUUGGGUAUAUAGGUUGAAAGGAUUUGAGGAUGUUUUUGUAGGGAAUGGAUGUAUUUGUGGUCGUAAACUUUCUUGUUCUGGUUUUCUCUAGGGCUUUGUUUUUGUCUUAUUUUUGUUUCCACGGUUUUCCUCCGCCAAAAGUUAGGGUUAUUAUUGAUUUUGAGUGGAGGUCUUUCUGACCUCUGACUCUUCUUUUCAAAAAAAGAGUACAAUACUAUUACCGUGUAUUAUAAUCACACUCAUCUAUGUACGUCCUUAUCUUCUUUAGUUGCAUUUAUAAUAAAGGGAUGAAGAUUAAGGUCCCCAUGAACAGACAUCCAUGGACCAUGUAGGUAUAAUUGUUAGAGAUGCUAUCUUUUCUAGUGUCUAUUUUCUCUUUUUGCUUUGUGCCAUAGUUGCAGUUCUAGGAUUUUCAUGCUUUGUUUCAUGGGCCAGGCUUAGAAAAGUCAAAAGGUUUUACACUAACGUUCUGCUGUCUGAAAGGUGAACUCUUGACACUAUGCAAGUGGUGAUUUGGCGUGCUCUCAUCUAUUUCUUCAUGAUUGUUGUCCGAAUUGCCAAGGUGAACUCUAAUUCUUGUGUAUGAUUUAGUUGAUUAAAUAAGGUUGGCAUAUGAAGAUUAAAAUCUUAAAGAAGAAAAAUAAUACUGAGAUAAUGAUACAUACAAAUGAGUUAUUUA